AUGAAGGAUCUAAGGUGUUGGACUGUGCCAUGCAUCAUUAAUGAUGUGAAUAUAGGAAGGGCAAUGAUAGAUUUUGGAUUUAGCAUUAAUUUGAUGCCUUUGAGUUAUCUAAAGAAAAUUAAAGGACUAGUAUUGAAACCAGGUAAUGUUUCUCUGAUAGUUGCAGAUGGUUCUGUUAAAAAGCCAGUUGGUAGGGUGGAAGAUGCAAUUGUUCGUAUUAAGCAGCUGGAGUUCUUGGUGGACUUUACAGUUGUGGAUAUGGAGAAUGAGGGAAGAAUUCCACUAAUUUUGGGAAGACCUUUUAUGAGUACUUCUAAAAUGGUGAUGCGUAUCCAGGAUGGAAAAAUGAUGUUAAGAGAUCAAGAACAUGUGUUAUUGUAUAAUGGCUCUGACAAAAUAAGAAUAAGGAAUAUUUUGCAGAGGAAGAAGGCACAGAUUGUGAACAAGCUUGAAGAAGGAGGAACAGUGAAGAUUAGAAGACUAUACUCCAAAGCAAUCAGAAGAGUGGAUAGGAAACAGCUGAUGAGUUGGGUUGAUGAAGAUCCCAACCGGAAUGAGAAGACAUGA